AGCAGGUCUGGGCGUCGUAUUAAUCCAGCGAUAAGGCGAGACAUCAAAUUCACAUUCUAACGGUCACAAUCCUUAUCAAAGGUCACCAUCGCCCUUGCCACAUUUCGCAAAUUUCCUUGGAGAAUGGUACCAGGAUAUAUAUUCUCCCAGCUACUAGGUGGAUUCAUUGGUGCUGCACUUAUAUAUGCCAACUACUACCACGCGAUCAACAUCUUCGAAGGAGGUUCUGUCCUCAGUUUGACCAGCAACAUUACACCGAUUAUGAUGCACCACCUUUGUCACGCUACUCUUCUCCUGUUGCUCGUUCGAUGGAAUAAACCCAAUGCCGAACAACUUGAGAAGUCCUACGCUUCAGCGACGUAUCCAAUCCAUUCUCAGUUAAUUUCACUAUGAUAUAUAGAUAAAUAUAGAUAGAGUAUAUAUUCCUCUGCCAAUCAAUACAUCCUUCCUGCUCUAUUUCGAUGCUCUAUUAUGUUUGUUUUUGUG